AUGAAGGUCAAGCUCUUCUUCUUCUUCGCCUCGUUUGGUCUGGCCAUCGCUGGUCAGCAGAAGGAGCCCGAAGCUCGCGCGGCCAAUGCGUACACCAAGGACAACCACAAUCUUAAAUACGUCAACAAUAUACCCAUGGACAAGACCUCAGAACAGGUUAAAAUUGAGAACAAGCAGUCUUCCUGA